AGACCUCUCCUUGAGUCCCCCGCGGCAGUGGAGAGGGUGUCUCCUCUCAGCGGAGAAGAGCGGACCUCUCCUGCUCCUGUCCCCUCAACGGCGCUGCCAAAGCUGAAAACGGGAAGUUGGAAACCAGAACUCAGCUUCACAAUGAGGCUUGGAGCACAGGUGCAGUCGCUCCAUCCAUCUGUGCUCGCCGCACAAGAAUUUCUUCUUGCAUUUGCGAUUGGGCGAGUGGCUUCUUCAAGCCCUGGUAUA